AUGUCUUCUCUUCUGAGGGAGGAGAUGCAGAGAGUUUUAUUCCGACCUGCAAAACAGAGACUCGUGGAAUUUAUUGAGAUUGAAGAGCCACUGCAGGGAAGACAUUUCCUCUGUGUCUCAGUUGCAAAAAAUCAAGUGGUGCAGUUAUCUAUCGUGCAAUGUCAGGUAUCUCAGACAAAGUCUGUGUCCAAGAAGUCCCAUACCAAGCGCUGCAGCAUACAGGACUCCUACAUGAGGACAGAGAUCUGGUCCCUGUACGAUCUCACUCUGAUUGACGGACGGGACCCUGAUGUGGAUGACCCCUGUUUCCUGCUGCACUUUGACAAGGUGCGCACAGUGACGGCUGUCAGCUGCUCAGCCAAAUACUCUUUUGUGCGUGCCCUGGUUGCUGUCUGCGACACGCACUGUCAGAUGUCACUGAACCUGCUGAACUUUGAUUGGGCCUACAUCAAGCCCACAGACUUAUACUUCAACAAAGGAGACUGUCAAGUUCUGUCACAAAUAUGUUUUUAUGCACUGAAUUUGGUAUGUCUAUCCAUGUGUCCGGUGCCACUGGAUGGAUAA